UGAGAAAUAUAAGGCCAAAACUCUGUGGGAGAAGACUGGGGCAGUGAUCAUGGUGGUACGACGCCCUGGAUGCUUGUUGUGCAGAGAGCUAGAGGAGUUGGGGAUCCCUCUGUUAGCUGUGGUCAAAGAGAACAUUGGCCAAGCGCUGGACGCCUUCAAGACAUUUUUUACUGGAGAAGUCUAUGUAGACCAGAAGAGAGCGUUAUACGGUCCGGUGGAGCGUUAUAUGUUCCUAUCUGCGUUGCUGCGUAUCGGGGUGUGGAGAAGCCUGUGGAGGGCCUUUAGGAAGGGCUGCACAGGAAAUAUAAUCAAAGGAGAAGGUCUUGUACUGGGGGGAGUUUUCGUCAUUGGGCCCGAAGAUCAGGCAAUUCUGCUUGAGCACCGUGAGAAGGAGUUUGGGGAUAAAGUCAACCUGCUGGCUGUACUCAGAUCAGCCAGGAAAAUUAAAGAUGGCUUGGCUACUGCGAAAUAGUUUACACAAACAGCUUAAAGUCCCCAUGCAGUCUUUUUAGUUGUAUUUUUAAAUCAUCACUGUAUGUGUGUUUAUUACAUGAACAUAACUCAACAUAUAUUUUGCGUCAUUUAUUGUCCUUUUGCCAUUGAAAUACUCAGUCUGACCUUGUGGGCAUGUUGAUACAAAUGUAAAUAUAUUUACAUACACUGCCCUAAUUUGCCGGAUAGGAUUGUCUGAACUAUAAAGCCUACCUAACUUUUAACGUGGGGCGAUUCCUAUUCUCCACUUAAUUUGUAUUUAGUGACAUACAGUGGGGCAAAAAAGUAUUUAGUCAGCCAUCAAUUGUGCAUAUUCUCCCACUUAAAAAGA